CCGAGAUAUAACUUUUAAACCGAUAACAUAUCUGGGUUAAAUCUAUGUUUAAUCUCGGAUCUCGGUAAAGAGUGUGACCGAAAUGGCUAUUCCGAUUAAAAAUGUCAAUAGACAUACACAGACUAGAAUAAAUCCCUUGAAAAUAGUUUACUAAAUAGGUCUACCAUGGAACAGUUCCUGAAAUCUAAUGUAAUUUCAGUUUUGGUUAUUAUUUAAUGCUGUAUGAUAAGUUAUAGACUAUAAUAGGGCCAUAUUUUUUAAUUGGAGCAAUCAGCCGAGGCAUAGUCAUAGUUCAUAGUAGUUUAGUUAGUUUAGUUUAUACUUUGUUUAAUAAUGUUUAAUAAUACUUUAUAGGCUUAUAUUAGUAGUCGGUAAUCCCUUAUCUUAGUAGUCGUUGUCGGAGUCGUGUAGCCUCCUCACUCACUCGCAUCACUUUCAUUAAUUCCUAAUUGACAAAAACCAUACUCAUACAGCCACGAUCAUCUCAUCAUACUCAUACAUAAUGCCUGCAGAAUAGACUGAAUAGUGAAUACACAUAAAAUAUUUUAAGUCAAAAAAACAAAACAAUAGACUAUAGAAUAAUAAUAUAAAUUAACUAGGGCUUAACUGGUCGCAUUUUUUUUUACACUGGGUAUGGGUAUUUUGAGAAAUAGGCCUACGGCCUACUGACAGUCCUACACCGUACCUACCUGUCUUAAAACAAUAAGUUUGAAUAAGCCUACCGACAGUCCUACAGUGCCUACACCAUACCUGUGGCUCUAUUGAUUAAUAUAAUCCUUACCUCCCACUAAUUAAAUUUUUCUUACCUUAGUUCAACCAUCACACAUGACAUCCUUUUUUCCCCACUCAGUACAAUUAAUAUAAUAUAAUUAUAAUACAUUUGGAGUCAGGGAUUUGAAAAGGGAGCAAGAAACACCAGAAACAAAAUAUAUAUAAGUUAUAAGAGGUUAUUAAAAAUAAAGUAUCUGCUGCAAAUGCCACUCCAAGAAAUGGCUCACCCUCUCUGCCCCCCACUAGCCCUUUCCUUACCUGUUGAUAGGCCUAGUUUAUAAAAUAGUUGCUAGUAUAUCAUCCAACUUUGAACUGAAUCUCACAUACUGUUUUAAAUCUAGGUAACCUUAUUAUACAUGCCAAUAGCCAAUCUUUACGGUUUACCCUUACUUUGUAUGAUUUUUAUACAUUUGCUGAUGUGUACAGUACAGCUUUACAGGCUUUGCUACUGGUUUUCACUGUAUUUAGAAAAGAAACAUUUUGCACAAGACACACGCUCAAAACUGGCAGUGGAAUGUUGGGCAAUAGAAAACGUUAAUCUCUUUAGCCAUCUAAAUCUAAGCUCGGUUUCAAUGAUAUCAUUCGAUAAUACUAAGACUUAGACGGCGUAGUAUGGUAGUAACUACUUUGGGUAGUAAACCAUAAGCACAAAUAUGCAGUUUUAGAAAGUGCUCUAUUAAUGUCCAUUAAAUAAUUAAAUUUAUUUAAUAUUACUAUCAAUUAAUAACAUAAGUCACUAAUCCUAUUUAAUUUAUUACUAUGGUAUUGUUUAAUUUAAUAUGUUAACUCUUUAUAAAACUUAAAGUGGCUAUGAUCUUCUUCAUUGUUCAAGCAUAUGUCAUUUAGAGCCAAUUAGAAUUAGAGGCUUAACUUAUAUUGUAUUGAUUAUUUUACUCCAGCUGGGAGCUUCAAAUUAACAUUUUAUCUCCAAAUAAUGGAAUAGAAAAAAAUAUGUAUCCUCAUGACAUUUUCCCCCAGUACUGUGUGGUGAAAAAUGAGGUUAAAUGUUGAUGGUACACAGAACUCAAUAACUUUUUCAAGACUGACCUGACGAUAUAUUACUUCAUUAAUUUAAAUACAGAAAUCUGUACUACAGCUAGUAGAAUUAUGUAUAAUUACAUCUAAAUUGCUAUCAUAUUCGUAAUCAGUGUCCAUUUUUUAUAAAUUGUUAUUUACCCGUGUAAAAAAAUUAAAAUUUUACAAAAAUUGGACUUAAAACAAGCUUUUUUCAUUUUUAAAAUGCAAUCAAUCCAUUUAUGAAUGAGUUUAUUUGAUAAAAAUGUGCUUGCAGCAAAAGGAAAACAAUUUAUUUUUUCUUCAUACAAUUAAAGCAUAGAUAAAAAUGAUAAAAAAAGUUAUAAAUUAUACUUUCUUUCAACUUUUCAAUUUUUUCUGCUUUUGUAGAGUUGUUGUUUUUUUUAACCUUUUUUUAAAAUGUUUUUGGAUCCCACAGCUUGGCUACUACUGUAAUUGGUUAAUUUUUACUUAGUGACUUGACUUUUAUGACACUUAUAAUUUAUGUUACCGGUAUACUAGUUUUACCUUGGCUUCUACACUGACAGCAACUUACUAUCAUCCCUCAUAUCAGUUCUGUGGUCAGGGCUUGUUUCUGUCAUCUUUGCUCUGGAUCAGCUGCGUCCUCAACUUAAUAAGAGAACAGGCAAUGCUGUAGCAGUAACUCUUAUCCAAUCAAGAUUAGAUUACUCUAACAGUUGUUUGUGGGGUUGACCUCAAAACCAAAUUCAGAGGCUCCAGAAGGCAAAAAACACUGCAGCACACAUUGUAUCGGGUAUAAAGAAAACUGACCACAUCAACCCAGUUCUUAAAGAUCUCCAUUGGUUUCCUGUGAGUGAGCGCAUUGACUACAAAUUUCUGUCCCUGGUGUAUAGCUGUAUAAAAUCUCUGCACCAAUAUAUCUUUAAAAACUGAUUUCUAAAAAUGUAUCCAUACAAAACCUGCGCUCUUCAACACAUACCUUACUGAGAGUUCCCAGUGUCGAUAGACACAGAAAGAAGUCAUAAGGGUGCGCUUAUUUGAAGCUAUUGUGCCUAAAUUGUGGAACAGUUUGCCUCAAUCUUUGAGGGACUUUGAAAAUGAUUAAAAAAAAUCAUUUAAGAACAAUUUAAAGACUUUUUCUUUAAAUAGAUUAUAGGACAUCAGAGCGCUGUGAGCAUAUUAAAAUAGCAUGGACACAAGCGCUAUAAAAGUACUCAAUCAUCAUUAUAGUAGAGAGCAGGGUUAAAAAAAUCUUAGUCAUGCCUGUCAGACAUGACAUGCAGAGCGGUUUUCAAUGGCACGCAGAAGACCAAAAAGAAAUAACAAAAAGACAGAUUGUUUGCACCUUGAACCCAACAGUUUAGAAAUCCUACUUUGACACAAUAUUACCAAAACAUUACAAACCCCUGUUAAGGCUGUUAUAUAUUAUAAGUAUAGUAUAGUAAAUGCUUCAUUAUAGUAUACUUUUUAAGAGUCUGCUUGGCUUUUAGUUUUGUUUUGUGUUCUUUCAAGUUUUCAGCUGGCAGUGUACCAAGUGUUAUAUUCCAUUUUACUAAAAUCUUAGUCUUUAAUUGGCAUAGUUGUCCAAUACUGAUAAUGUCCAAUACUGAUAAGUAUAUUGCUAUUAUACUACACCACAGUGUGUGGAGGCCUAGAUCAAGCAUGUUAAUUAAACAACUAUUUUUAUGGGGCUGGAUCAUGAUUAAAAUAUUAAAUUAUUAUAGUGUUCAUAGUUUAUAGCCAGUCAUUGUUUUGUAGCUGCACAUCCUCCUUUUUGUAUUUAUCGUUGGCUUAUAAAAUUUGCCUAGCCAGGUGUUAAUUUGAUCAAUUUUUCACAAUUUUAGGUGCCAGUCAUAUAUAUUAUAUGACCAUCAUAUUUAAUUUCUUUUUUAUAAACUAAAAUUAGUCAUUACCUUUAAUCGCAUCUUCUUUACUUAAUAAUGGUAUUAAUAAUAAAGGCUUUUCUUUAAGAAAUACUUAUGUGGCACAGUAAAUGAAUAUCUCUGCAUAACAUUAUUAAGAUUAUUCAAACAAAACAGCACAUAGUAAAAACUCAAAGAAAACCCCUUGGUACAAGUAGCUGAAAUAUCUAUAGAAAACAUUUGUUGUGUUGAUUUUAUUUUAUAUGUAUUUGUUUACUUGGUGCUUGUGGCUUCCGGUUGCACACAUUUUUUGAACCCUCAGACACUUCAAUGUACAGUAUGCAGACAUGAUUAUCCACAUUUUUUUAAAAGGUUUUGAAGAGCACAUUUUGAACAAAGUGAGCCUAGUUGAAUUUACUGCAGCUGGUUGCUUAAGGUGCUCUACUGUGUCUUGUACAAAGACACCAAACCAGGUGAAUUUGGAAAGCAAACUGAUCCAGACUUAUGGAAUCUUGACACCACAUGGCUUGAAUGUAUCGUUCUCAUCCACUUUUUAAACCUUUUCUUGGCCCCCUCCUCAUUAUUAUCAAUCACAGUGGAUUUUCUUUUCCUCUCUUCCAUCCCAUUUUGACUGUAUUUAGUCUCUCUCCCACUUAUGUUCUGUCACUUUCCUCUUGCUGUUCUCUCGGAUGCUACAUUGCAGCUACGGGUUUUAUUAAUUUUUAAAUUAUUUUUAUUGUUGUUUGUUUGCUGAAGAAGGCAGACAUAUAUGUUGUUUCGUUGCAUCCUUUUUAUUUCAGGUUUUCCCAUAUAUCAUUUCGCUCAUUUCCUUCUACUUGUUUGCAGUAUGAGAGCUGUAUGAUGUGUCAAGGGUUCUAUGGAGGCAACUUUGGGCAGCCAGUUUGCAGCACAUGUCAUCUCUUCUUAUUCUCAGCCCAGCUCAAGGAGGAUGGGGAGGAGGGGGAAGAAGGGGACAACAGAGUUUACAAUCAGGUAAAUGAAAAAAUAGUUUUUAUAAUUGCCUAGAAGUUCUUGACAUACCCAGUAUCAAAUUUUACCAUCUCUGUGCAUUGUCUAUGGUUAGGCUCAUUUAAAAAAAAAAAAAAUUCAUUCCACAAAUAAAAUAGUUUUUUUGUUUUUAAAUAAAAUCUUUUAUGAUUCAGAAAGUAGAUUCCGAUGAUUCAGGUACUGAAGAGCCAGGUGUGGAGACAGACUUUUAUGCCAGCCGAGACAUACAAGAAAGGGAGGUAAUUUUGAUUUGUGAAUAAAACAUUUUGUAUUAAAAGUAAAAGACAAAAAGUUUAAAAUUUUGUGGAAAGUCAAUUUAAUCAAAAGGUGAAUUCAAGGGUUGCAGUUAUUUUCCUCAAAUGGUAUAUUAAAAAAAAAAGGGGUUCAUUAUUUUUAUUAUUUCCAUAGAGCAGAGUGUAAUUCCUAAAGAAAUAAACCCUUAAAAUUAAAACUUUUGUGGAAGUAAAGUAAUAGUGUUUGACACCCUCUUUAAAGUUCAAAUUAAUUUUUUUUAAUGCUGCAGGUCUACCAACAGUCAAGGAAACCAGCCAGGCAUAAGCCAGAUAAAUUAGCAGAAAGAAUCAAUGCUUUAACAAUACCAAGGGAACUUGACCGCGUCUCUCCAAGAUUAAUAGAGUCUUUACCACCAGAAGGCAAGUUAACUAAGUUGUUGAGUUAUUUUUAAUGUAAUAGAUUGCACUCAGACCAUAAAGUUAUUUUAUGAACGUAUUCAUUUAUUUGAUUUUUUUACUCUAACUUUAAUGUGUCUCAAGAUAAUAAAUAGUGGAAUGAGACAUGUUUAGACUCUCCAAGUUGAGAAGAGGAAAUGCUCUAUGUGAAAGACCAAACAUGGAACGAAAUGUCCUUUUAUCUGUCCUGUCUUUUCAUUUCAAGCCUGAAUGUAUCUUGUUCCACUAUUUAUGUCUUCAGAUGAAUUAUGGGAUAGUUAAUUAAAAAUAUGUUUUGAUAAUGUCAAAAUGUAGGAAGGAUUUUCUAGUAAAUAAAUCGAUUUCUUCUGUUUAAGGAAACAAUUGAAUGUUGUAAGAGAUGUACAACAUUUUUUUUUUUAGAUAACAAAAAUCCAGAGAAAGUAAAUUGGCAACAGUGGGUCUAAUCAUUUUUUCCUUUGAAAUUAAUGACUUUGAUUUUGCACCAGUUCUUCUGCUUGUGUUCAAAAACCUUGAUGACAUCUCCCUGUGGGUGGCUGGUAAUGUGUGCACACGCUGGCGGCAGAUCCUGGAUGGUGAGAUACCACAAUCCAAGUGGAAGCAUUUUAUUCAGCUGCGCUGGCCACUAUUUCAACUCCAGUACAAAGUCCGCUGCUGGAAAACUAUCUACACACAACUGUAAGAAAACUUGUUUAUGAUAAAUUCCUGUUUUAUCCCUUUUUUGAAAAACAUAAGUAAACAGUGAUGCUCAAACCUGGCUUUAUUAUUCACGAAUAGCUGUUUGUAAGGAUUAACAUCCCAUACUCUUCUUUCAGUUGUUGCAAUGGCUUUUUGUGUCUGUUCUCAUUUUUUCCUUUGUAAGGAGCUCAACUUUUUCUACGCAGCAAAGUAAUAUUUUAUUUAAAAUACAUUAAAAGAUAUCCUAAAAAAAAGUAAAAAAUAAGUUAAUGAAGAAUUGACUAAGGGACAAGGUCAGCUGUCCCAAAAAGAUCAGGAAUGAUUUAAAUUAUGAAACAUUUUGUUGGUGGAUUUCCAAAACUAUUUAUUUUGAUAUUCUUUACAGUUAAUGUAAUUGGAUAUGCGGUUUGAUGAUGGUGUUUUCCUUUGUUUUUAGGCUGCGGCUAUUCGGACCCGGGUCCGAGAAGUGAGAGUUUAGAUUUAUUAAAAAAUAUUUAAAAAUUAUUGUAAGGUUUGUAAGACAAAAUUUGGUAUCAAAUGAAAGAUAAUUGAAUGGACAAUCUGUUUGUAAACUUACUUCUUCAGUUUAAUUAAAAUAAACUACCACAUCCGAAUAGCAUUUAGUCAAAAUGGAACCGGGAAUGUAUCACUGUUAUUCGGACCUGGGUACAAACAUAUAGUCCUUUCAAUUAUUUUUCAUUUGAAACCAAAUUGUGUCUUAAAACCUAACAAUAAUAUUUUUUUUUAAAUUUUAAUCCCAACCUCUCACUUCUUGGACCCGGGUCCGAAUAGCCACUACGUUGUUUUUAUAUAUUGAUACUUUUAAAUACAAAUUUCCAAAUUAUUUCUUGCAGAUUACUGAGUUCUCCAUGUCGAUACUGUCUUGAGAGCAUGAUGUUGCAGGUUAGUCAUAUCAUUUUAACUUGUUAAGUUUAGUUGUUUCACCACUCAUUUGAAUUGCAUUUUGAAUAGCAUUGCAUUGUUAUCUUACAUCUAGUAGUAAUAAUAGCAGGGACUAAUAAUAAUCUGAAUGAGUUUGCAGAUACUCAGACUACCUGGAGUUGGCUCUAUGUUGAAAAUAUCCUUGGCAAGGAAACUGUAAAACACUUCAGUGUGUCACUCAGAUUGUCUCAUGUCCCUUGGACACUGACUUGACAGCAUGUAGUUGAUAAAUAGCAUCAGCUAGCAUUAAUUUUCCUUAAAGUAAGCACUUGGGAACCGAUAGGCAUCUGGCAGUGACCAGUGACAAAAAUGGUCAUACAUGAUGUUCAUGAAGAGGUGCAGAAAAACAAAAUCAGGCUGUGAACAAAGGCUUUGAUUUUGACGGCCCCUGUUUCUUUGAUGUCUGAAAGUCCAGAACUGAGCUUAAAUCCAGAAAUGCAAAUGAUUUCACACCCAUUGUCAUUGAUCAAUGGAUGCAAGUCGAAGCCUAAAAAGAUAGUAACACAGAUUUGUUUUCCUCCUAAAUGUGAUUUUUUUUUUUUCAGAGUACUCCCCCAAUAGAAGAAAAUUCUUGGCGCCACAGGAGACUUCGUAGUGAGUUAAAAACCCUUAAAACAGAUCCACCAGAGGGGAUUCAGGCCACACCUUUAGACCGUCAUUGUUGCCACUGGCAGGCCUCCAUCACUGGGCCUCAGGGUAGUCCAUAUGAAGGGGGCUUGUUCCUAUUAUACUUACAGAUACCACAGAGGUGAAAUCAUUAAUCAAACAUUCUUUGAUAUAUUUCAGUUUUAUCACAUUGUCUCAAGAUCAGUAUUUCCCAACCUGGGGUCAGCAAACCAAAUAUAAUAUAGAUUUUUUAUUUUAAUUAACACAAAAAGAAAAGGAGUUUCCAUGGUUCACCAAUGUUUAGUCUUAGACUUCUUUCUAAUGCAACAAAUUAUUAUAUAUAUAAGUUAAAAGCAUUUCCCAGUAUUAAUAAUUUUAUAAUGAUUAUGUACCGGUAGUCAUUACGUAUCUGGGUGUCACAUAAGUCUGUUAUUGGGGUAAUCAGAGGGAUGUGCUCAAAUACCAUUGGUUUAAAGUGUGUCAGAGAGCUGGGUAUGGUUGUGAAAUCUAAUUUUAUACAGUUUUUGUUUUACAAUGUGAUUAAAAUUUAUUGGGAAUUUUUAUGAAUGAUUGUUUAACAGUUCUUUAGAUAUAUGUACUCAUGCAGCGAUAAAAAUGUUAACUCAUGAAGUUGGGGCACUUAUAGUUCUUUAUGUUCAGUAAAAUGUGAUAUCAAUAUUUAUUUGAUGACUUGUUUUUUUUUAAAUUUUCAUUAGUUAUCCCAUGAGACCACCUAAAGUUCGGUUCAUCACCAAGAUUUUCCACCCCAAUAUUUCUCGCCACGGCGAUGUUGGCCUGGACUCUAUCCAUCACAACUGGAGUCUGGCCCUGACCAUCUCAAAAGUCUUGAUAAGCAUUCAGUCACUUUUAACAGAUCCAUACUGCACCAUAUGCAUGGAGCCGGACAUAGGCAAGCUGUUCAAGCAAGACAGGAGUCAGUUUGACAGAAUGGCACGAUUGUGCACAUGGAAGUUUGCGAUGCACGAUUACGUCAUGGCUUUUCCCAUUGACCCGAACGGAGUAUAAGAUUCUUGCUAUUACAGUACAGCCAUGAACAAUUUUGAAGCAAAAAUAAAAAUUCUGGAAGAUGUGAUCCCUCAGCUUAUAUUAUUAUAAAUGAUGGAACAUGUUCAGUGCUUUAAAACUGAAAAAUAUGGUAAUGGUCUAAAGUCUAAGCCCUGUACUUGUUUUAUUUCAACUUGGUUAUUUGCUCAAGUUCGUUUCUCCCAUCUAAACGGCGGUUGAAUUAUGAAUGAGUUUACAAUGAGGUUGAUUAUGUUGUUUUAAGGAUCCUGGAAAGUUGUAAUAUUAUAUAAUUUAAAUAUAUUUAUGAAAAGACA